AUGGCCACAGAUGAGUAUCUGUGGAUGGUCAUCUUGGGUUUUUUCAUAGCUUUUAUCUUGGCAUUUUCCGUGGGUGCCAAUGAUGUUGCCAAUUCGUUUGGUACCGCCGUGGGCUCGGGCGUGGUGACCCUGAGGCAGGCCUGCAUCCUGGCUUCAAUCUUUGAAACCACUGGUUCGGUGUUACUGGGGGCCAAAGUCGGAGAGACCAUCCGGAAAGGCAUCAUUGACGUGAACCUGUACAACCACACUGUGGAGACGCUCAUGGCCGGGGAGGUCAGUGCCAUGGUCGGCUCCGCCGUCUGGCAGCUCAUUGCAUCCUUCCUCAGGCUCCCGAUCUCGGGGACUCACUGCAUUGUCGGGGCCACCAUUGGAUUCUCCCUCGUCGCAAUCGGUACAAAAGGUGUGCAGUGGAUGGAGCUGGUCAAGAUUGUUGCUUCUUGGUUUAUAUCUCCGCUGUUGUCUGGUUUCAUGUCUGGCGUGCUGUUUGUACUGAUCAGAAUGUUCAUCUUAAAAAAGGAGGACCCCGUUCCCAACGGCCUCCGGGCGCUUCCCGUGUUCUAUGCCGCUACCAUCGCGAUCAAUGUGUUUUCCAUCAUGUACACAGGAGCCCCAGUGCUGGGCCUGGUCCUUCCCAUAUGGGCGAUUGUGCUCAUCUCCUUCGGGGUCGCGCUGAUGUUCGCCCUCUUCGUGUGGCUCUUUGUGUGUCCGUGGAUGCGGAGAAAGAUAGCAGGCAAAUUACAAAAAGAAAGUGCUUUGUCGCGAGUCUCUGAUGAAAGCCUCAACAAAAUUCAGGAAGUGGAGUCCCCAGUAUUUAAAGAGCUACCGGGUGCCAGGGCUCAUGACGACAGCACUGUCCCCCUCACCGGGUCGGCCGCGGAGCCGUCCGAGACCUCAGAAAGCACGACAGGGGGACACCACCCCCGUGUACCGUACGGCCGGGCGCUGUCCAUGACACACGGCGCCAAGUCGCCCGUGUCUAACGGGACCUUUGGCUUUGACGGCCCCGCGCGCGGCGACGGCCACGUGUACCACACGGUGCACAAGGACUCAGGGCUCUACAAGGACCUGCUGCACCGCAUCCGUGACGAGCGGCCGGCGCCGGACGGGGCCCCGCGGCUGCUGCGGCGCAACAACAGCUACACGUGCUACACGGCGGCCAUCUGCGGGCUGCCCGGCCUGGCCACGCGCCGCGGCGACACGCCCGCACCCGAGGACAGCGAGAAGCUGGUGGCCGACGCCGUGGCCUACUCUCGCCGGCGGCUGCGCUACGACAGCUACUCCAGCUACUGCAACGCCGUGGCCGAGGCCGAGAUCGAGGCCGAGGAGGGCGGCGUGGAGGUGCGCCUGGCCACCCCGCUGGCCGAGCCCGAGCCGCCGCGCGAUGACGUGGCGGACGACGAGAAGGAGGAGAAGGACUCGGCCGAGGUCCACCUGCUUUUCCACUUCCUGCAGGUCCUCACGGCCUGCUUCGGCUCCUUCGCGCACGGCGGCAACGACGUGAGUAAUGCCAUUGGUCCCCUGGUAGCUCUGUGGCUGAUUUAUGAACAAGGUGCGGUCCUACAAGAAGCAGUAACUCCCGUCUGGCUGCUGUUUUACGGAGGGGUUGGAAUUUGUACAGGCCUCUGGGUUUGGGGGAGAAGAGUGAUCCAGACCAUGGGGAAGGACCUCACCCCCAUCACGCCGUCCAGCGGCUUCACCAUCGAGCUGGCCUCAGCGUUCACCGUGGUCACCGCCUCCAACGUCGGGCUGCCCGUCAGCACCACGCACUGCAAGGUGGGUUCGGUGGUGGCCGUGGGCUGGAUUCGCUCGCGGAAGGCCGUGGACUGGCACCUCUUCCGGAACAUCUUUGUGGCCUGGUUCGUGACCGUGCCUGUAGCAGGGCUGUUCAGUGCUGCUGUCAUGGCUCUGCUCGUGUACGGGAUCCUUCCGUUCGUGUGA